AUGUCCGUCAAGUUAUCGUCUAUCUUCAUUAUUGAUCCAACUUAUGAAGAUGUACAUAAGUAUGCAGAAGAUUACGAUUACGAUUUACGUGGCACGCCAAUUUCAAAGACGAAAUCAUUCAUAGAUUAUCCAUUAGCUAAUUUAAUAGAAUAUUAUUUAGAAAACUAUUCAUUUAUUUCUUAUUUAAUACCGGCGAUUUUAUUUCUGAUGAAUGCUUUUAUAACAACUCUGAUUGCAACUAUCAAAUGGUUACGUGAUUACGGGAAUAUGUUCGAAACACUGAAACGUGGUUCAGAUGAAAGCUAUCUGCAGAAGCUUAAACCAACUGAACUGAAGCAUAUCUUUCCUCAUCUAUCGAAACCAGACCACCAACAAUGUGAAGAAGGCACUGAAAAUUUGACAGGAUUAGAUCCUAACACCAACUGGCUACCCAAAAUCUGA